GCGAGGGGGAGAGGGAGAGCAGCGCCGGGCAGUGGCCAGCCGGGAGAGGGGCGCCCCGCCAGUCCGCUUGUCGUCGUCCUCCUUUGCUCCCCUCCCGCGGGAUUCCGGCCGGCUGGGCAGGCACGCAUGGCGCGAUCUCCGGGGCAGAUGCUGCUGCUGCCGCUCCUUUGCCACCUGGGGCUGGCCUCCGCCUUCAACCUGGACACGGGGAACGUGGUCGUGUGGAGCGGCGAGCCCGGGAGCCUCUUCGGCUUCUCCCUGGCCAUGCAUCGGCAGCUGGAGCCGCAGGACAGGAGGCUAUUGCUGGUGGGGGCACCUCGACAGAGAGCUUUCCGGACGCAGCUAGCCAAUAGGACGGGAGGGUUGUACAGCUGUGACAUUUUGCUUCCGGAUGUGCCGUGCACGCGGAUAAGAUUCGAUGAAAGAGCUGAUCCUACAAAAGAAAGCAAGGAGGACCAAUGGAUGGGCGUAACUGUCCGAAGUCAAGGGCCAGGCGGGAAAGUGGUGACCUGCGCCCAUCGCUACGAGAAAAGGCAGUACGUCAACACAAUUCAGGAAACUCGAGAUAUCAUUGGGAGGUGCUACGUCCUAAGUCAGGAUCUCACCAUCAAGGAUGACGGCAUGGAUGGCGGGGACUGGAGUUUUUGUGAUGGCCGGCUGAGAGGCCACGAGAAGUUUGGUUCGUGCCAGCAAGGGGUGGCUGCCACUUUUACCAGGGACCACCGUUACGUUGUAUUCGGGGCACCUGGCACCUAUAACUGGAAAGGAGUGGUUCGGGCAGAGCAAAAAAAUCAGACAUUUUAUGACAUGGGUAUCUUUGACGAUGGGCCUUAUGAAGUUGGUGAUGAGAACAGCCGCGAUGAGAACCUAGUCCCUGUUCCAGCUAACAGUUACUUAGGGUUUUCCUUGGACUCAGGAAAAGGUAUCGUUUCUAAAAAUGAUAUGACGUUUGUUUCCGGAGCCCCACGAGCAAACCACAGUGGAGCUGUUGUCCUGUUGAAAAAAGACCCAAACACUCCAAGUGCGCUGACCCUUGAGCACAUGUUUGAAGGCGAGGGGCUGGCUUCUUCAUUUGGCUAUGAUGUGGCAGUUGUAGACCUCAACAAUGAUGAUUGGCAGGAUAUAGUUGUUGGUGCCCCUCAAUAUUUUGACAGGGAUGGAGAAAUUGGUGGUGCUGUGUACGUUUAUAUUAACCAACAAGGCAAAUGGGAAGGGGUAAAGCCGAUUCGGCUCAAUGGAACCACAGACUCCAUGUUUGGAAUUGCAGUUGAAAGUAUUGGUGAUGUUAAUCAAGAUGGCUAUUCAGAUAUAGCUGUGGGAGCUCCGUAUGACGGUUUUGGCAAGGUGUAUAUAUAUCAUGGGUCCAACAACGGAAUAAAUAUAAAACCAGCACAGAUUCUCGAUGGCAAAGCCAAUGACAUCUCGUUCUUUGGUUAUUCUAUUACUGGAAACAUGGAUCUUGACAGAAACUCCUAUCCUGAUAUUGCUGUUGGAUCACUUUCAGAUUCUGUGUCUGUUUACAGAUCGAGGCCGGUGGUAAGCAUUAAGAAAACUAUCGAGAUAUCUCCAGACAAAAUUGACCUGAUCAUGAAUGUUAAAGCAUGUUUUGAAUAUACCGCGAAUCCGAGUGACUUCAGCCCCCCAAUAACUCUGAACUAUACGUUUGACGUGGAAAAUGAAAGGCGGCGAUUAGGUUUGCCGUCCAGAGUGCAAUUUGUGGAACGCCUCUCCGAUCAAUUCAGUGGAAGUGUGACUCUGGCGGGACAGAACAGGCAAGAGUGUGUGACCAAUAAGAUCGUACUACAGGACAAAAUUAAAGAUAAACUGCGUCCUAUUCCUGUAACGGUCGGCGUUGCAAUUAAAGGGUCUGAAUCCAGUGUUCAACCCAGCAGGAGGCAAGGAAGGUCACUUCCAGAUCUUGUUCCAAUUCUAAACUCAAAUGAACCGAAAACAGUUAAUUCAGAAGUACAAUUCCUAAAAGAAGGGUGUGGAUCAGACAAUAUAUGCCACAGCAAUCUGCAGCUUCAUUACAAAUUCUGCACCAGAGAAGGAAGUGAAGAGAGAUUUGUUUAUUUACCAACUGAGAAAAAUAUUCCGGUGCUUGUCUUGAAAGACCAGAAAGAUAUUGCCCUUGAAGUUACAGUGACAAACAUCCCAUCAGAUCUAAGACAACCCCAGAGGGAUGGGGACGAUGCCCAUGAAGCUAAAUUAAUUGCCACCUUUCCAGAUAGCUUGACAUACUCUGCCUUCAGGGAGUCAAAAGGCUCUCUGGACAAGCAACUGACAUGUGGAGCCAAUCAAAAUGGCUCUCAAGUAGAAUGUGAACUUGGAAAUCCUUUCAAAAGAAACUCAACGGUUACAUUUUAUGUAAUUAUAAGUACAACUAAAGUUAACGUUGAUACGCGGGAUUUGGACAUUAAUCUGAAACUGGAAACAACAAGCAAUCAAGUUAAUUUGGAUCCAAUUAUUGCUAGAGCUAAAGUAGUUAUUGAACUGCUCUUGUCGCUGACAGGGGUUGCAAAGCCAUCCCAGGUGUAUUUUGGAGGCAAUGUUAUUGGUGAAAGCGCUAUGAAACAUGAAGAUGACAUGGGGAGCUUGAUAGAAUAUGACUUCCGAAUAACUAACUUGGGCAAGCCGCUUAAAACAUUCGGCACUGCUUCCUUGGAUAUCUCGUGGCCCAAAGAAAUUAAGGGAGGCAAGUGGCUAUUGUAUUUGGUGUCAAUAAACUCCAAAGAAUUAGGAGAACUUCAAUGUGAACCACGACAGGAAAUAAACUCUUUAGGAAUUAAGACAUCUAGAAGUUCAAGGAAGAAACGUGAAGUUGCAGAGAAGCAGACGGAUAGUAGGUUUUCUUUGUUUUCAGAAAGAAAAUACAAGACUUUGGAUUGUAAUAAUGGCGAGGCAAACUGUGUCGUCAUAAGCUGUCCCUUGCAAGAUCUGGACAGUAAGGCAUCUGUCGUGUUGCGCUCAAGACUGUGGAACAGCACUUUCCUAGAGGAAUAUUCUAAACUCAACUAUGUAGAUGUUCUCCUUAAAGCUAAAAUAAACAUUGCUGCUUCUGCAGAUAAUAUUAAGCUACUAAAUGAAGCUACUCAGGUACGGGUCACUGUCUUUCCUGCAAAGACAGUAGCAUUGUAUAAAGGGGUGCCUUGGUGGAUCAUCUUAGUAGCCAUUCUUGCAGGAUUGUUAAUGCUUGCUCUGUUGGUAUUCUUACUAUGGAAGUGUGGGUUCUUCCAGCGUUCUAGGUACGAUGCCAGCAUUCCCCGAUACCAUGCUGUAAGAAUUCGGAAAGAGGAGAGGCAGAUCAAAGAUGGAAAAACUAAACAGAAUCAUGCAAAAAAGCAAUGGGUCACAAAAUGGAAUGAAAAUGAAAGUUAUUCCUGAGGAUUCCCCCUGUACUGAAGGCUUAAAUGGUUUAAAAUGUCUUUGAUUCACACGACGGAUGAAGAAAUACAUACAGCAAAAGCUGCCUUUGGUUGAUAUUGUCAGCUUAUGUCAAAGCCUUUUGUUUUACAGAUCUAGUUUUAAAGACUAAAAGUAACUUUGUAUGCAUUAUUUAAAUCUUCCAGUCUUAAAAGAAAACUAAAAGACUAUAUUUUUCACCAGUCUUUUGAGCUAGAAAGCAAGCUUGCACAAGCUUUUUCGUUUUUUUCAGUUAGCGUACAAUGUGCAUAGAGAACUGGGAGUUUGAAUUAUGAGCAGAAGGGUGGAGCUUCUCUAAUCAGCGAAAAGAGAAUUAAAAGAGAAUUUCUGUAUGGUGUGUGUUUUGUUUCUCCAGACUAAUUUUCAGUUCAGAUUUGAACCAGGGGUCAGGAAGGCUCCUGCAAAGAGUUGGGCUAUGAUUUAGACUGCCUUGCCGCUGUUUGGAACGUUGCCAGACAUGCCCAUCCCAUUUAGUGGGUCUAUUGUCGUCCCCCUAACACACACGCACCAGUUUUUGUAGCUCAAAUGCUUGCCGUCUAUUGGUUGCUUGUCAGGCUUCUCCCCCUUCCUGCAAAGGCAAAUGCAAAAAAUGCCUCCUGGGGCUGGGAGAAGACAUCCCAACUGAGAGCCCAUCACCUGCGCCUGGGAAGGGCCGUAGCUCAAACAGAAAUAAAAGGGAAUGAAGUCAUUUUGUGGCUCAUUCAGUCUCUUUUCCCUCCUUGCCUGAGUUUGAACUGCAUAGAGGCCUUGCCUCAGCCUUUUGGACUUUGGUCUCGUCUAGAGCUGUGUACUUCUGCAGCUGGACCCCUACACCUCCACCUGAAUGAAAGACGCUAAUAAUAUUUUCCUAAUGAAGACUGUUCUGCUGUUCACUUCAUUAAUGCUUGUUAUUUAAGUGGGCGUAUUCAGGAGGGAAAACUCCGCUUGUAUUGAGUGUCGCUUGUUUAUUGGGAGCAAUAGCACGCCAGACUACUCCAAAGUUCUAGAAAAAAAAUACCUGAAGUGGAAGAUGGUGUAAUUUCUUCCCCUUGCCCAGGUUCAGACAGUGAUCCUGCCUGUAUUUCUCACUGGUGGCAGGCAGGGCACCAACUCUGGUGCUUGCUUUUUUUGUCGUCUGCUUGAGAGACAGUGAAAUUCCUAACAUGAAAAAUAUGGCUUCUCAAAGCUACUGAUAUCAUGCUAAGUUAGCAGACUUGGAAAACGUUCUCUCUAAUCCCAGACAUGUGGAAGCUAAUUACUCAGUUAUAAAGAGGUACUCUGCAUAUGGUCAGAAGUUAUUACGUCACCUUUCUUUGACCCGAGACAUGGUAUUGAAAUGCUGAGCUCUGGUGAGCCCUGGAUAAAAUUAAACACUGGGUUGGGUCUUGCCUUAAAUUUCCAUCAAUGCAAACUUCCCUGCCUCCCCCAUAUUAAGCCUAAAAUGCCCCCCCGAAAUACUGCUCCUGUGAGGACCCCAGGAAUAGUUGAGUGGGGGAGCUGGAGAUCCGCCACAGGAAGAGGGAAUUGGCAACAAUCAUUCCCCGUGCAUGCAGAAAUUUUAGGCGGGAUCCAACCUGUUUAUCUCUGUCCACAUAACUAAAACUGAUCCUUUCAAUUUUAGUGAUGAAUUUUAGAAAUAAGUGGUUUGGAUUUUAAGGGGUUAAUUAAAAAAAUCCCACCCACAUGCAACUAGUUCACUGAUGUUUUAAAUGCUUUUAUUUUUUGCUUUGUCUUUUGUCAGUGGACAUGUAUGUAUUCACCUAGAAGUACAAGGGCUUAUGAACUUAUGCCAUAUGGCAUGGCUUAAUUUCAAAACGCAAAGGAAGUGCUGGGGCUCAGCUUUGGAAGUCAUACUCAUGCCUUAAAACAUGGAAGCCAUUUUCCCUGUCUAUAGGUAUGUACAGAACAGCUAGUGUUUCUUAGUGGAGUGAUCGAGGGCCAAACUAGAUGAUACCGUGCCCCCAAGUCCACCAGAGACGUGGUGCUAUUUAGAGUUGUUUUUUAAAGUUUAAACAUACUAUAAAAUGUCACUAUGUCCCCGUGGUGGACUUGAGGAUGGGGUAUCAUCUAGUUUAGACCUGAGGCACUCUCUGAAUAUUUAAAGACAGUCCUUCAAGUGUUGUACCAGUCCUUUGUUCACUGUGGGUUUGGCAUUCCCGCCCCCCCGUAAACUUGGAAUUUGUAGAUCUGUUGAUUGCUUGUUCCAAGACUCUUGCGUAGCCAUGGUAGUUAGGGAAAGCAUGAUAUUAAAUGUGCAAUAGGUCAUGUUUUGAUGUUCUUUGUAAAAUCAAUUUGUGUGAAUCUGUUGCUGUUGCCAAAUAUACG